AUGUCGGAACUACCAAAUUCCAUAACUACAUGGAACGACAAGGCUCGCAAAUUCUUGAUUCGGUUCUUUCCUUCGGGGAAGACAACAAAGCUAAGAGCUGAGAUUCUAAGCUUCAAACAAAAGUCAGGUGAAAAUUUAUGCCAAGUCCGAGACAGGUUAAAAUCUCUACUCAUUAGCUAUCCUCAUCAUCACCAAGCUAACAAGGUGUUGGUGUAUACCUUCAUUGAAGGGUUAGAACCCAACACCAAAAUUCUUCUUGAAUCAGCUAUAGGUGGACAAGCUUUGGAGAAGACAUAUGAUGAGCUCUAUACAUUGCUGAACCAUAUAUCGCAAGGAAAUCCCGAAUUGAAGGGAAGAACUCUAGGCUUGUUGUCCAAAAACUUGAGUUCAAGGAUCUUAAGCAAAGUAAAGCUACCAGCUAAGCAAAAAGAUCCAGGUAGUUUCACGGUGCAGGUAACUAUUGAUAAGUGCAAUAAUGCAAAAGGUCUAUGUGAUAUAGCUGCAACUAGACCUGAUGGUAUUAUUGAGGAUAUGUUAGUUCAAGUAGGAUUACUCAUAUUUCCUAUUGAUUUUGUUGUAUUAGAUUUUGAGCCUGAUCUAGAGGAAGUGGAAGCUCAGUGCAUUUUAGCAAAGGAGCCUUUAGAAAGAGUUUUGAUGGGUCAAGAUAUUAAAGGUGACAUGGAAGCUAAAGAUCUAGCGAGUGUGAUUGACAUCCCAAAUGUCAGUAUGUGGAAGAAGAAUGUGGUCAUAGAAGCACUUGAGAGGUGCAUGAUGGCUAUCUUUCAUGAUAUGGUGGAAGAGUUUGUAGAGAUCUUUAUUGAUGACUUUUCAGUAUUUGGAGAGUCUUUUGAGCUUUGUUUGCAUAAUCUAGGGAAAGUAUUAGCAAAGUGUAAGGAAAUACAUCUCAUCCUAAAUUGGGAAAAAUGUCAAUUCUUCAUAAAAGAGAGGAUUGUGUUGGGACUCAAAGUUUCAAAAGAUUGUUUGGAGUUAGAUAAAGCUAAAAUAAAAGUAAUCGAGAAGCUUCCACCACCAGUUUCAGUAAAAGAUAUUCGUAGUUUCCUAGGUCAUGCUGGAUUUUAUCGGCGAUUCAUGCCAGAUCCAAAGGAGGUAAAAUUUAUUGUUUAUACUGACCAUGCAGCUCUCAUUACUUGUUCAAUAAGAAGGAUGCAAACUAAGAUUAAUCAUAUGGAUCUUGCUGCUCCAAGAAUUUGA